GCUGAAGCGUCAAAACAUAAACAGAGCUAGACAGCCGUGUGUGAGCAGCUCUGCCGUCUCUAAACUCCGUUAUUUCCCUGAAAGUCUUUAUGCUCUCCGUCCCCAUGCCGUGCGUUUCCCGCCGCAGGACUCGGACCGGAGCCACUUAGCUCCCGGGAGGUGCAGCAAAAACAAGUCUGCAGGAAAGAUUAGGACUUUAAACUGAGAAGCCUCGCCGGGCCUUCGAGGAGAGGUUGUACCUGGAGACGCAGGACUGAGGAGCUGGCAUGGCCGAGGCUGCUGGGAAAUCCCCGGUGCUGAACGGGGGCUCGGAUGAAAAGGAGCCUGGAGAAGAUCAACAUAAAGACGGGGAUGCCUCUGGAAGCAAAGAAGGGCCGACACAGUCUUCCUCUCAAGAUGCUCCCAAAGAAACUUUAGAUGCAUCUGGAGACAAAACGACGGCCGACGCGGAAGGAGAGCCCGGGGCAAACAGAGAGGGAGAGGAGGACGAAGACACAGACAGCAUGGAGGGCAGCGGACUAUACUAUUUGAAUGAAGACGGUGAAUGGGAGAGAGAGGCAGGACGGCAAGAGAAGGCCGGGGAGAAAGUUGGUGGGAAAAGGGCGGCCAGAAAGAGAAACAGACUGGGCGGCAGCAACCACUCCUCCAGCUCAGAUGAUGAUGAUGACGACAAGGAAGAUGACGGCGAUGGGCACAAGGAGGAUGACGACGACGACGAUGACGACGACGAUGACGACGAGGCCAUGGAGGCCUGGCUAAAGGCCGAGGUUCGCGACCUGCGCGGGCCCGUGUGGCAGGCCGUGCCUUCGCUGCGGUCCAGGGAGAUCGGCAAGGAGUCUAUCCAGUUUGUGAGGCGCGUUUGCGGAGCGCGCGGCCUCGUGCAGAGGCUGGAGCUCCAGGGCCGCUUGGAGAGACACACAGGCUGCGUCAACACGUUGCACUUCAACCCCUCUGGCACACGCCUGGCGUCGGGCAGCGACGAUCUCCGGGUGGUGAUCUGGAACUGGGCUAUCCGCCGCGCCGAGCUGGAGUUCGACAGCGGACACAAGAGCAACGUGUUUCAGGCAAAGUUCUUGCCCCACAGCGGGGACUCCACCUUGGCCAUGUGUGCUCGGGACGGUCAGAUCAGAGUGGCCGAGCUCUCCGCCACGCAGCGCUGUAAGAACACAAAGCGGGUAGCGCAGCAUAAGGGAGCAGCACACAAGCUGGCCUUGGAGCCAGAUUCACCUUGUUCAUUUCUGUCAGCUGGAGAAGAUGCCGUGGUGUUUGGUAUUGACUUGCGUUUAGACCGUCCUGCCAACAAACUUGCAGUUAUUAAGGAGGGGGAUAAAAAAGUGGGGCUGUACACUAUUUUUGUGAAUCCUGCAAAAACACACCACUUUGCUGUUGGCGGGAGAGAUCAAUACGUAAGGAUCUAUGACCAGAGGAAGAUUAAUGAAAACGACAACAAUGGCGUACUGAAAAAGUUUUGUCCUUCACAUCUGGUAUCCAGCGAGUCUAAAACCAACAUAACCUGCCUUGUGUACAGUCACGAUGGCACAGAGCUCCUGGCCACUUACAACGAUGAAGACAUCUACCUGUUUGACUCCAACCACAGCGACGGGGCCGACUAUCGCCGGAGAUAUAAGGGACACCGCAAUAAUGCCACAGUAAAGGGGGUGAACUUUUACGGGCCGAGCAGUGAGUUUGUGGUCAGCGGCAGCGACUGUGGACACAUCUACCUGUGGGACAAGUACUCCGCUCGCAUCGUCCAGUUCAUGGAGGGAGACAGAGGAGGAGUGGUGAACUGUCUGGAGCCACACCCUCACCUGCCAGGCAUGGCCACUAGUGGGCUGGACCACGAUAUCAAACUGUGGGCCCCCACCGCCGAAACCCCCACAGGACUCAAGGGCCUGAAAGAGGUGAUGAAGAAAAACAAGCGAGAGCGGGAUGAGGACAGCGUUCGCCAUGGUGACCAGUACGACACCCAGCUGCUCUGGUUCCUGAUGAGACACAUGAGGAACAGAAGAUCCCCAAGAUCUCGCCGCGAGGCGGCAGAUGCAGACACAGAUGAGUCCUGGAGCUCUCCAGAUUCCUCAGAUGAAGAGGAAGGAGGUCCGGACCACGUCCAAUGCAUGUCAUCUUGAGCCACACAUACAUACUUACACGCAUUCAUAGACAUCUAUACACUCUUUAUUGCCCUUGAAUUGAUGCACAUAGGCAAGCACUAUUGACACACUGGCAACACUCAAAUACUGACGAUCCACAUACUAUUUUUGUACACACACAGACACAUACAGAUCAGCACACACAUUUACUUAAACAUACUGUGUUGACAGUGACAGAGAUGCUUAACACCUGGUUUUCCCAGCAGUUAUGAGUGCGCAAAUGGCAACUGCAGACCGUGACACUUCCAGUAUCCUGACUUAUUUUUUUUGUGAGAAUAGUAUACAGAGAUUUAGUGAGAGUUUACAUCCCUGUAACACACUUGGAGGUGCCUGGUUGUCCAUACGUUGUUGCUAUGCUCUGCAUAGACCCAGGAAGAUGCACUGUGUGUAUGGCAGCCUGUAGAAAGCUUUACUUCACCAGCACAGAAUCCAGCCCUCUCGCUCUCAAGCUCUCUGCAGAUGAAGCGGUGGUUCGGCAGGCAGAACCGGGGCGUAGGCUCAUACCCCCGAACCUUCCCGUAAAUGUGAGUCCCUUUAAGAUUUGGUCAGUGUCCCUCACCGCUUUGGCUCGGUGUCACUCUACCGUUUUUUUUCUAAUUUCCUUCGCACAUUUGAUCGAUCCAAGAGGACUUCUGAACGGAUUACACUUGCUCCACAUGCUCCCAACCCUCCCCAUCACUGCUGAGUGCACUUUGAUUCAGGGAUGCUUAAGUUUGAGACACAGACAAAAAUGUGUACCCUUUGUGAUGUUUGGGGAGGAGAGCUGAGGUUUUGUAGAAAAAUGGACAGUGUUUUCUCUCUUUUUUUGAGUUGGGGAGGAAAUAUUUUGUACUUGAGCAUUUCUUGACUGUUGGGAGGUAGUUUCCUAUCCUUCUUUUCUCAUUCUCACCAUCUUUCUAUUCAGAAACCUUUUUUUUUUUCUCUUUUCUUCCACAAGAAAUACUCAAUGAACCUGAAGAUUGAGGUAGAUGCUGUAUCUGGAUCAAUCCCAGCUGAAACGCUGAGUCCAACAAGACUGGGGUCAUGUCAGGUUGCACUUGUUGAUGUGCUUCCUUUUUUAAGGAAGUACAUUUUUGAAUAUUCACUUGUUUUCUUGUUGCGAGUCUGGAGACGAGGAGAAAUGACUCUCGUGGUUUCCCCGGCAGCACCUGCAGAACGAUUCGACACCAAGUCAUGUCUAAUCCCUACAAACCCAAGCCAUUUCACAGCAACCGGCUGUAAACUUAAGGAAGUUUAACUGCCCUCUUUUUCUUGCACAUUUUUGUGCUGACCCGCCUGCUGGCGGCGUGCCCAUCCAACUCUUGACAACAAAGCAAACAGAUCUUUAAUGAAUAACAUUGUUCAAACACUUGAGCCAGGUCAGGUGUUGGCAGCGGCGCAGCUGCUGCGGCGCAGCUGCCGCGGCGCAGCUGCCGCAGCAGCGCUGCGUGCGCUUUAACGUUGGCCCGGAGACGAGGAUGAGGGAGUGGCGGGGUCAGUAUGCUUGCCAGUGAUUUGUUGUGUGAGAGCGAUAAAGUCCAGCUUUUCUCAUUUUCUAUGAGAACUGUAGUUAGUUGAAUUUGUAUGUACAUAUAUAAAUAUCUAUUAAAACAGUAAAAAAAAAAAAUGAAAAAAAAUUAGCAAAUGCUGUUCAACUUCAAAAAAAGACUUAUUACAUUUGAUUGGUAUUGAUGCAGAGGUUUAUAUUCUAUACUGUAAGAGGACAAAGUACUUUUAAAAUCCAAUGAAGAAAAAAUUGACAUGUCAAUUUCUUUCUUUUUUUUCUCUCCUUUUCUUGCCAUCCCUCUGUGAUGAUUAGAAACUGCUGUUAAUUUCAAGUACUGAAGUUUUGAUUCUUUUUCUUUUUCACAAAAGAAAAAUGUUUCAUUUGAAGACCUCGAUCCAUAAUUUGGGGCAGUUCUGUCAAGAUUUUCCCAAUGGCUAUUUUUGGCUAUUUGCAUCUUGUAUACAUAAUAAGGCUUUUGAGGAAGUUUUUUUCCCCAGCACCACCUAAUACUGCAUUCUAUCAGUUCAGUUGGAAAUAUGUAUGAUUUGUGCAAUAAACAAAAAGACAGUGCUCUUGAUGUUGUCAUUU